UGAUUUACAAUUAUAAUUGGAGAGUAAGUCUGUUAACUACAAUCGUAGCUUUCUUUUUUUCAUUAUGCAGCCAACAACUGUGCGUAGUGACGUAAAAUAGCCACAAAUGCACACAACGAUGGCAAAGAUUCCACUCCAUUAUAAGUUAUUUGUAUUUGUUUAAUUGUACUAUAGUAACACUGUGGGCGGAAUCUCGAAGUCGCAUUAUGGGGCCACGAGAUAGAGUAAUCCGACACAACAUGGAGAAGCCUAUUUGCGGCCUAGGGUAGAGGGCAGAAUAAGGAAAACUACCACAUGCUGUGUGCGCGGGCGCUUUGGAGACCAAGCCCCUUAAUAGAAGCGCUCCACCGAAAAUUGAGCGUUUGUCGACCAUCGUCAGCAACAACCCUUAGUGUUCGUCAUGCAAUUAGUGUUUUGAAUACUACAGGACCCUGAGUCUUUCCACACAAGUCGCUUUUGAAUUGCAAUUUCUCCAGUGUUUUGAAUGGUUCUGGUUGAAGUUGACCGGAAGCUUUCAUUGUUGCCUGCAAGCGAAACGGCAACGUCUGCUGGAGAGAGGUGCCGCUUGGUUUCACCUCUCAUCAACCUUUCUACGGAACGUUACGGCAACUGAUUUUUACCAAGCAUGGCAUGGACAUAAAGUGAUCGACCAAUAUGACCUAAACUGUACUGCGUAGGCCUAGGCUACUCAUAUUUCGGUCUAGUGUGUUUUGUUUGGUCGCCCGGCCUGUGAUUGAUUGCAGAUCUGAAGCCACAGCAACAACUUUACCAAAAGCUAAGAACGCGGCUCAGCUCCGACGAAUGGAAUCGCAGUUCUUCUUACCGGGUUGAGGGAUAUGUGAUUGUCCAAUCAACAAGAGCCGGUUAAAAUAAUCCUUCCAAUGGUUAUUCUAGAGAGGGGUGGGACUACACGACAAAGCAAGUAGCGAAGCGCCAAUCCAAUGUUCCCGAAUGGAAAUAAACGACAGCCUACUGAUUAUUGUGCUGCAAACUAAAAUGUUGAAAUAGUCAUUUGUGAUUCAUUAUAUUCGUAUUUUGGUUUACAUUUCAGGAUAUCCCUUGGUACAUUUAUUUAUUUAAGUGUUGCAUAUCCAUGGUUAGCUGGCUAUGUUGAUUUUUUAUUGUUGAUAUUGUUAAACCACUUAUAUUAUACAUUUUGGUUUAAGUAGGCAAUUGCUCCAGUGUGAAGUCGCUGUACGCAGACUACAGGGUGGUGCUGUGCCUCGUCAGGGAGGGCGAUGGAAAGGAGCGGUGGAGAGAGAGGUGGCGAUGAGAAGCUCACCCGCCGCGACCUGUUUGCCUGGCUCCGCAGCUACCUGCACGGAGGCACCUCCAGCCUGCUGUCUACGCUGACCACGCUGGUCACGUUCCCCGUCUACAAGACCGUGUUCCGCCAGCAGCUGCACAACACCCUGCUGCGCGAGACCCUGGCUCAGCUCUACAGGGAGGGCCCUCGCAAGCUCUACAGGGGGGUGGUUCCCCCCUUGCUGGCGAAGACGCUGCAUGGGACCCUUCUCUUCGGCCUCCACGACACCUUCCUGCACCAGCUGUUGGCACAGGGCGGAGGCUCCGUGCCCCUCGUCGCCCUGCAGGUCCUGGCAGGUGUGGGCACGGGGGUGGCGGAGGCCCUGGUGUUCACUCCCUUUGAGCGCGUGCAGAACGUGCUGCAGAACGGGGGGAACGACCACAGCCUGCCCACCCUCCGGAGCGUGCUGCUGCGUCUCCGCGGCGAGAGCGCGGCCGCCGGCUUCUACAGGGCGGCGGUGCCCGUGCUGGCCCGCAACGCCCUGGGCAACAGCCUGUACUUCGGGCUGAAGGACCCCAUGCGGGACGCUCUCCGGGAGCGGGGGCUGUCCCCUGGGGCGUCCUCCUUCAUGUCGGGCAUGGUCAACGCCAUGGCCAUAAGCCUGCCGCUGUACCCGCUCUCGGUGCUGGUAGCGAACAUGCAGGCGCAGGUCGGGGGGGCUGGGGGAGGGGCCAGGCAGUGCUGGGCGGAGCUGUGGGAGACCCGGCAGCGAAGGGUGAGCCUGCUGUACCGGGGCGGCUCCCUGGUCAUCCUGCGCUCCUGCCUCACCUGGGGCAUCACCACCGCCAUCUACGACCGCCUGGAGAGACGUAGCGGUUAAUGGCGGAGGAGAAGGGGGGACACACAACCCAAAUACCCCACCCCUCCAUCCCUCCAGUCUGGGGUGAUUACAUGCCACCUAUCAGUCCUGUCUCUGAGGUGCCUUUCACUGUGUCACCAAGUAUGAAUGAUCUGAUCAUCUUGUCAGUGUAAGAAGGACCUGCUCUUAAACCAGGUUCUUAAAAUUGCAUGUUUCUCACAUUGUGGCAUGUUUAUUUGUUGUGAAUGCAUUGUUUUGUACGAACAGUAUUUAUAUUGUUGUCAAGUCAGAGUACUUCCUCUCUAUCUUUCUGGUUUUAAGAAUUUUACAUUAACCAUACCGUCACUGCCAUUUCUAUGUUCUGCACUCUGGAAGUGCCUUAAAAUGAUGUGUUCGCUCAGGGUUUGCUUAAUUCAGUGCUUCUGCCCAUUGAUGAUUUAUAUUAGGUGGCAACUGCCUUGAAAUAAAAAUCCAUGUAUGAUUUGAGGUUUAUUUGGGGUUAUUUUAAUAAUAUUAAUAUUUCACAUGAUUUACUUCCUUUACCAAGAGUAUUUGCACAAUCAUCUGUCUGGUUUAUGUACUGCACACUACUUUUAUUUUGUUUGGGGCAAAAAUAGGUGGAGCUCUCAGAAUAAAGAAAAACCUUUUGUUUUUGCUGGACAAAGUAUGGUUUGGCAUUUGGGAUUUAUUUUAUUUAUUUAUUAUUUUAUUAUUUAAUUUUUUUACAUUACUUACACAUAACAUUCAUAUUAUGUCUGUAUUCUAUGCAGUGUUUUUUCUCCAGAGCUUGUCAGUAGAGGGCACUGCUGUACACACGCUGUAUACAGCUGAACUAAUGUUCAAUGCACCCGUCUAUGUAUUGUUAUAUAUUAGCACUAUUUCUUUUUACUUUUUAGUUUUGAAGAAUUGUUAUUACCUUAUAGAGGUUGUGUAAAAGUACAAAGAUGAACAUUUGUACGCAUCAAUACUGUAUACUAAAUCUGAAAUUGCUGCUAAAUGCAUCUGUUAAAAGCCUAAAUGUAAUGUAAGUUUUCGGGUUACCUCUGAGUGUGCAUCCCUGCCGUUUGCUUGUUAAUCAGAUGUUUCCCCCUGGCAACACAUAUGUGCUAUGCAUAUAUUUUAUUACAAUGUUAGUGCUAAGUGUCUUGAGAGAAUUGUAUACUACCUUUACUCAACAGUAGCUCAUACCAUAAGCUGUGGCCAUGGGGUGGCGAUGUUGUAAAUAUUAAAGUAGUUGAAUAAGACAAGAAAUUCAAUUGUAUUUUAUGAUCUUAUAAAAUAAUUCAUACUUAAUUGAACUGAAUAUUAUGUAAUACAUAUGUGCAAGAUGUGAAGUGUGUUUUUAAGACAGUAAAAAGGGCGACGCCUUUAUGUGCUCAAAUGAUAGUCUUCAUAUUUUGAAGGACUUUAGGUCUGGCCAAUAAUGAAAAUGAGAUGGCGUGAAUGGACCAAUGACUGAGAAUGGGUUGAUACCUAUGUUAAGGUGGUGUAGGGCGUGCUGUACUAUUUAAACCGCUUGUCUCUGACGGAUGUCACAGAAGUACCUCUAAGAAGGAAUUUACGGUCCAAUCGCUAACUGAUAA